UGUGAUUGAUGUCACAUCGCAGACUUUCAGCAGUGAGAAUUGAAGAUUACAUUGGUGGGUUUUUAUAGGCGAGCUUGAUCAUCGCGUAUAAUUUUUCUCAAGGUUUUAUCCUCCAAUUUCAAUCCCUUGCUAAAAAGGCAAGUGCUGUGGGAAGUGAAUUUGCUGUUUGUCAGCCAAAGCAACUUUUCGGAAGUGGAAUAUUCGGGUUGAGGUUGAGUUUAUUGAUUCUGAUCGCCACAGGAGCGUCGAGUAUCGAACAUGCAGGCCAUCAAGUGUGUCGUAGUCGGUGACGGUGCUGUCGGUAAAACCUGCCUCUUGAUCAGCUACACCACUAAUGCAUUCCCGGGUGAAUAUAUACCGACAGUAUUUGACAACUAUUCCGCCAACGUGAUGGUCGACGGGAAACCAAUCAACCUGGGUCUAUGGGAUACCGCCGGACAGGAAGAUUACGAUAGGCUGCGACCGUUGUCCUAUCCGCAGACGGACGUGUUUCUCAUAUGCUUUUCGCUGGUCAAUCCGGCCUCAUUCGAAAACGUACGGGCCAAAUGGUACCCGGAAGUGCGCCAUCACUGUCCGAACAUUCCGAUAAUUCUGGUCGGUACGAAGCUCGAUCUGAGGGAUGAUAAAAAUACCGUGGACAAACUGCGCGACAAAAAGCUGUCGCCCAUCACCUAUCCGCAAGGAUUAGCCAUGGCCAAAGAGAUCGGAGCGGUCAAAUAUCUGGAAUGUUCGGCGCUAACCCAGAAGGGUCUCAAAACGGUAUUCGACGAAGCGAUCCGAGCCGUCCUCUGUCCCAUCAUACCGGUGAAAAACAAACGUAAAUGUUCAAUUCUGUAAGCAUGUCCUCCCGGUUCCAAAUGUCCUACCACCAACCCCACAACCACAUUUGCAAAAACAACGCUAAGAACAAAAGUCUAUCUGUAUCUGUAGUGGGUAUAAAAAAAAUGUCCACAAAUUGUAAAACCAAAACAAAACCAUCGAGCAUUAGAAUCCCUCCUUUGUCUUGAUCUCUCUCGUUUGUGGUAAUUGAAAAACGGCAUUUUCUUGCAUUUUAUAUUAAACACAAAAACAAGCCGUUUAGUGAACCAUUGUAACUGUGCAGUGAAUGGCCGUUAGUUCGUUUAUUUUUUGUCAAGAAACUAAACCGUGUAGUGUUGAGAAAAGUCAUCAUAGAAACAGUAGGAAAAUGGAGUCGAGCAUCGAAGCUGAAAGCCAACAAGCAGCAGUGAACAACAACAGAUUACACCUAUGGAUGGAUGAUCGAUGAAAAAAAACACAGCGAGAGAGAGACAGGAACGAAUACGAGGCUGAUCAAAUGAAAAGAAUGGCUAUUCGUAAGAUGGCACACUCAAAUCACCGAAACCACACAAAUCGAAGCGAAUGCAACUAGUUACUAGAGUUAAUCUCUUUCUCUUACAUCAUCGUCAUUUUGCAACCACAUUUUUGUUUUGCCAGUGCCCGCCGGGGUUCCGCUAGCGGUUUCACUAGAACUCAAAUGAAAACAACAACAACAAUAAAAAAAUCCAAAUCCGAUAGAUCGAGAGUUACUUCUUGGAUGUUUUUUCCUUCUUGUUUCUGUAGUUCUUGUUCGCUCAGAACCAAAGUUGAGAAUGUAGCCAACUCUGCCGUUAAAGUAAAUUUGAAUGUAAAAUGUGGUAAAAACAAAAAAAAGUAACCAUCGAUGAUGCGCAAAACUUGAAAGGGAACCGAUAUAAGUCUAACAAUUGUUUUCUUAAUGUGCUUUUGAAGUAACAGAAGUGUAGCUUUAGUUUUUUCUGUAAAAACAAACGACUAAACAAGCAUGUAUUUUUCGAAGCGAAAAGUAAAAAAAAAUAUGAAGAUGUAACCGGUUGGUAGGAAAAAUAUAUCAAGAUUUUUUUUACAACUAAUCUAUUAAUCAAAAAUGCCGGAGGGAAGUCUUCUUCUCAGAAGAAGUGACGAUACACAAACACACAAACGAACACGUAAAAAUAACUUGAAUGUACACUGUAACAAUGAAUAAUUGAUUGAAUGUUGUAUCCGGAGAUUUUUUAUUUUGUUCGUGGCUAACAAAACCUAUAUCCAACCAAUGAUUGGAGAAUUUCCUGUUUAUUUUUUUGAGACGCAACAAUAUAAACGAAAGUAGAACAAUGCAAAUUAUUGGAGGAAAACAAAAAACAAAACAAUGCUUCUUCGUCCUGUUUUGUGUUUUGAGCCCGAAAGAAAGAAAAAAAAACCGGGAAGGCUCUUCCAGCAAACCAAACCCGAUUUGGCCCUUAGAUGUUUUAAAGAAAGUGAACAACAAUUGUAAACAAGCAAACA